GAGCGAAGAUUGUUAGCGAACAAAAAGAAAACAGGCUCAAGAAUAUUCUUAAAAUUCGAUAACAUACCUUGAAUCUAGGCUCCAUGCAAUCGUAAGGAAUUUGAAAGUUAAAAGAAGAACAAUUUUUUGGCAAGAAGUUUUCGAUAAUAACAUUCCGGAAUACGACUCCAUAAUACAUAUUUGGAGAGGAAGAACUCAUCAAGAAAUCAUGAAGGAGGUGAAAAAUGUUACAGCGAAGGGUUAUAACGCUAUCGUGUCGGCAUGCUGGUACCUCAAUCGUAUUAAGUAUGGAGCUGACUGGAAAGAUGAGUUAAAACGAUUUAAUCAAUCAGAUUCAAGAUAUUAUUACUGCGAUCCCACCGACUUUGAAGGAAAUGAUCAACAAAAAGCACUUGUGCUUGGAGGUAUCGCAGCCAUUUGGGGUGAAAUGGUAGAUAAUACCAACAUCGAGAGCCGACUGUGGUAA